AUGGCACCUCCACCCAAAGAGGACGCCGUCAGCGUCGUCGAGUCGUUGGACGUCAAAUCUUCCGUGUCGGGAAGCGACGUUUCCACUAAAUCUCCACCAAAGCCUCUACCUAUUCUUCUCAGCAUUGCGAUGUUGCUCUUAUUCGUCGCAUCUGGGGGUGGUCUGACCACCUCGGCUCUUCAGUUCCGUCCGUCAAGGGCCGGGAAACGGGACUGUCUUACCCAGAGCUUCAUUCUGUUCGCUUCCAUGAUCUCACCUAUGUAUCUGGUGCUGCAUCUCCUCGUUUCCCUGCGAAACUGCGACUUUGUCAGGAAGCAGCCUCUUCAGUCACCAUUGGUGUCAUGGACAGUCAUCGUCGCUCGUUUGGCGCUACUCCUCUGGAUACCGGCGGUUAUCUUGUCCUCGGUAGCAAUCGCGAACUUCCCCGGCUUCCUUGUUGAGAGUCCAAUCACUGAGCUGAACCUUGCUGUUUCCAUCAUGGGAAUCGCCAGUGCCAUCGUCGCCAUACUCGUUUUGGAGGUUGCCGCACACCCUUUCGAAUUGCCCUGCUUCAAACGAGGUACCACCGUCGUCCUCGUUGAUGCAGAGAAAGAAGUCAAGGAGCCGGAGGAACCGAAGCCCCCCAGCCGACCCCCGAGCCGGUCGCAGACCCCUCCGGCAUACUACUACUUCCCCGCCAACCACAGACACACCGUCCCGACGCCUGCCCGCAACAAACUAGUCCGCAAAGCCAGCUACCCCAAACGGAUGCUAGCCCAAAACGUGCCGCCGGUCCCUAUGAUCCCGUACCCGCACCCGGACUCACUCGGCAUCAUGCUCCCGAUCCCGGAGCCACUUCCCCCUUUGCCCGAGCUCGAGCAGACGAACGUCAAACCCAAGAUCAAAAUUACGCCUCCCGACAUACUGAUUCCGGGAAAAGGCCACCCGGCGGACAAGAAUAAGCCUUGCCCACCUCCGCCGGGUACUGCUUGGGCCAGGGACUGGGAACAGUUGGCUGUGGACACGGGAGUGAGACGGAACGGGUCGAUCAGCGACUACGGGUCCACGAACGGGACUGAGACGACGGAUGGCCGGCUGGAGGCGCCGGCCAGCGCUGUCUUGAAGCCGCCCCUGCCGUCCAUCAUUGUGACACACAGCCCCGAGCCUGUCUGA